GCUGCCGGCCAGCCGUGCCGCGUCUGCUCUGCUCUGCGCUGCUCUCCAGGUAAGCGCGGCGCUUCCCGCCCGCGGGGCCGUGCGGCUGGGGGGGCUUCAGCCGGGGCUCGGCUUUUGUGGGGUGCGGAGGGCCCCGACGUGACAUCCCCGUCGUGCCGGGGCUUCGCCUGGCCGGGAUGGGCCGGAGCCGGGGUGAGGGGCAGCGACGGCUUCUCCCGAGGAGGGAUAUGCCGCGAGGCAGGAUGCGGCGAGAUGAGGCUGCUGUUCCGAGGUGUCAGAACGUGUUGUCGCUCCUAUGCAGGAUAAACCAAAGCAGCGUCAAGUUUCGGGACCUCUUCGCUGUGUGGCUGCCCUGUGGUUUCUUUCAAAAGUGCUAGUUUCUGGCUACGGGUGUCGUCGUUCGUCCAUCCAAAUUUUGGAAGGUUCUCUCUGUUGGUAGAGUGCCUUCCUGCAGGAAUCAUAUAAUAUUUUUAGAUAUUAGGCAGAAGUUCUUUCCCCAGAGGGCGGUGAGGCGCUGGCACAGCUGCCCAGAGAAGCUGUGGUGCCCCAUCCCUGGAGGCAUUCAAGGCCAGGUUGGAUGGGGCCCUGGGCAGCCUGAGCUGGUGGGGGGCAGCCCUGCCCACGGCACGGGUUGGAGUGCAUGGGCUGUGAGGUCCCUUCCAACCCAAACCAUUCUGUGAUUCUGUAUCAUUGAGGCUUCCAGGCCAGAGCUUGGAGUGCUGCACUCACCCCCCUGCACGCUCCUUCCGGCGGUCCCAUUGAAGCUCACACCUCCCCGCACCUCGGGUUUCGCCGCAGGUUUGCAGGGCUGAGUGUGGGUCAGUGAACUUGACAGACUGCUCUCACACUGAGCCCUUGUCCUGGGUGUCCCCGUUUGCCCUGAGUAAAGUUACACUCACGCCUUCAGCGCAUUACAAAGAGCCAAAGGAAGCGGCUUGGCCUACUGGGACUGGGUAAAGCCUACUGGGACUGGGUUGCAUCGAGCGAGGCAGCGGAAUGUGAGGGGUGAGACGGGCGCCGUUUGGGUCAUUGGUCAAUGAAAUGGGCAAGGUUCAGGUGCUGCUACUCGGCUGUGGCUGUGCUUCUGCGUUAGUGCUCAUCCUGUGUUGUGGACACGUGCAUCCUUAAAGCAGUCUCUGGCAAUGAGGGCCUCAGUGUGGUGAAUCCAACUCCCUGGCAGGAGCCGGCUUUUCUUCCUCUGAGGGUGACAGAGCACUGGAACAGGCUGCCCAGAGAGCCUGUGGAGUCUCCUUCUCUGGAGAUAUUCAAGACUCCUCUGGAUGCUUUCCUGUACAAUCUACUGUAGAGAACCUCCUUUAGCAGGGAUUUGGACUUGAUGAUCUCCUGAGGUCUCUUCCAACCCGUACAAUUCUAUCUUCUGCCACAGACCCCUUGGUUCACAGCUUCUCACGAGGUGAGUGCACAGAUGGAAAGCUGCUGACCUGGGCAAACACCUGAAUAAGUCAGUUUUGUUAGCAUUACUACUUUUUAUUUAUUUUCCUGCAGUGUGGCUAUCUCCUGCUAUGUGAUAACGAUGUCUGCAAGCUCAUUCGUUUGCAACUUGGAUAUAGCAAACAAGUAUUCUUGCAAGCUUCCCCAGCCCUGCACCCCCAGCAAGGUCUCAUUGCUGCAGACUGAGAUGGUGCGUUGUGCUAUCUGAAGUUGAGGUUGUUUGUUCCUCUAUGGAGGGAAGUGGGCAGAAUCACAGGAUGUCAGGGGUUGGAAGGGACCUCAUAAGGUCAUCUAGUCCACUCCCGUGCCAGAGCAGGAACACCUAGAUUGGGUCACGCAGGUACACGUCCAGGUGGGUUUUGAAUGUCUCCAGAAAAUGAGACCCCACAGGCACUCUGGGCAGCCUGUAGUACUGGGGAAGAAUACAUCCAACUGCCAGGCAGACAGUUGCUGCAUCCUUUAGCAGCGAAGUGAUUUGUGUGUGUGUGUGUGUGUGUGUGUGUGUGUGUGUGUGUGAGUGAGAGAGAGAGGUUCUGGGUGCUGUAGGCAUUAAUCCCAGCUACAGCUGAUAUCUGACCCAUAGAUCCAGUUCCACCAUCCCAGCAAAUCUGAUUAUUUGGACUCUUGCCCUCUCUUGUUUUGGAAACAGCUUUUUAUAGGGUUAUAACUCUUCUGUUAUAACUGUCACUCAGUUAGAUAACACCUUUUCUGCCUCUUGUCCCACCCUACCAUUCCUAACUUUUAUUUUUAUUUCCUAUAUAUAACCAUCUAUGUAUUUGUAAUAGGCAGAGUUUCAUGAUAACGCUUUUUCAGGGCAUCACUCACAGUACGAGUGCUGCAUCCCAUAACUGCUCAGAGUGAGACUGCUAUGCUCUGAGCUUUAUCUUGUGAAGCACAGGUAGAAACUGCACAAGUGUGUGGAAAGAUCUUACAACAAGGAACAGCAAUAUCUUCCUGCAACGUGUUACUUGUUCUGUAAGUUUGGGCAGAACUGAGUUUACCCGACUCUACUAUGAAGAAGUGACCAAGAAUGGAUGCGACAUAAAACGGAAGUCAUGCAGACUUAGUCACCAGUCUUGGUGAACUACUUACUGUUCAGGCUUUACAUCCAAACACUUGAAUUGUUUCAGUACUGCUGACAAAGGAAAGAUGACCUCUACUGUAAAUCCACCACCAUACUACGAAAAUCAUGGCUUCCAGACAGAAAACUACUAUUCUGCCAGGCCACAAGUAGGUGCUAACCCAUAUCCACAGUACUUUUCUACGAAUGUUCCAUCAGUGCCAACCUAUAUCCCAAGAGUUUCAACCCAUCAGUCAAGCAUUCCAGUAGCACCUCCAUCCAGUUCGUCCAGGAUGUGUUCAUCAAGCAUAAAGAAAAUCGUAAUAAUUACAUUAUCCAUUUUACUAGUCAUCUGUUGUGCAAUUGCUGCUUUCCUCAUCUGGUAUUUUGUCGAGAAUCGUUGUCUCGGAUCCUUAAUAGAGUGUGGAUCUUCGGGAGUGUGCAUUUCUCCCUCAGUGUGGUGUGAUGGAGUGACUGACUGCCCAAAUGGGGAGGAUGAAAACCGGUGUGUUAGACUUUAUGGACCAAACUUCAUUCUCGAAGUUUAUUCGCCUGUCAGCCAAACCUGGUACCCUGUUUGUCAAGAUGACUGGACUGAUGAUUUUGGGAAGAUUGCAUGUGAAGACAUGGGCUACAAUGUAGAUACGUAUUACUAUAGUCAAGGAGUAGCAGCUGAAGUCUCCUUUAAAAGCUUUAUGAAGCUAAACACCAGUGCGGGGAAUACAGACUUGUACAAAAGGCUGCAAAGCAGUGAUUACUGUGCAUCAGGAAAUGUGGUUUCUCUGCGCUGCAUAGAGUGCGGCCUGCCCACUAAAAGCACAGCUGUCAUGAGCAGGAUCGUGGGUGGCAGCAUGGCGUCGCUGGGGCAGUGGCCGUGGCAGGUGAGCCUCCAUGUGCAGGACACCCACGUCUGUGGAGGCUCCAUCAUCACCCGCGAGUGGCUGGUGACGGCGGCCCACUGUGUGGAGGGGCUAUUUUCUGACCCGUACAUCUGGUCUGUUUAUGCUGGGAUUCUGAGUCAGAAUGAGAUGCACUCAAGGCCUGGAUACAGAGUGCAAAAAAUAAUUUCCCAUCCAAAUUAUGAUACAGAUUCUAAAGACAAUGAUGUCGCCCUUAUGAAGUUAGAGACACCGCUGAGUUUUACUAAUACAAUACGACCAGUUUGUCUGCCUAACCCGGGAAUGAUGUUCCAGCCUAAUCAGCAGUGCUGGAUAUCUGGGUGGGGAGCAGAGUACCAAGGAGGUAAAACAGCAAAUGACUUGAAUUAUGUCAUGGUACCCUUAAUAGAACGUUCUACAUGUAAUUCUGUCUAUGUCUACGAUGGCAUGGUCUUGCCUACAAUGGUCUGUGCUGGAUAUUUACAAGGAGGAAUUGAUUCUUGUCAGGGUGACAGCGGAGGUCCUCUGGUAACAAACAAAAACUCUGUGUGGUGGUUGGUUGGAGAUACCAGCUGGGGAACUGGCUGCGCUAGUCCCAAUAGGCCUGGAGUUUAUGGAAAUAUGACUGUGUUUACAGACUGGAUUUAUAAAAAUAUGCAGGCCAACAGAUGACAACGCCAUUUCUCAUUCCAUGUUUCUGAGAACAAGAGAAAAUGAAGCCAUGGGUGCCUGGGAUAUUUAUUCACUUUUACAAAUGAUUUUGCUCUUUGAAUUUUUUUUUUUUUAAAUAACAUGAAGGAUUGCACACUGGAUUACGUGCUGACUACAGUGACUGAUUUUAGUCAGUGAGAGAUUAGCACAAUAAGCGCCUUUAUUGAUGGGGUGCCUGGCAGAAAGGUGUUCUGCUAACUGCUUGCUGAGAUUUUUUUUUUUUUAGCUGAGUAACUUUCACUUGGUAAUCAGGUGCAGGUUUAACAUGGAAAUCUUAAUCACAACUUCCGAUUUUUGUAGCAGGAUGCUGAGACAGUUGGUUUUGUAGGGUUUUAAAUUAACUCUUAAGUAAUGUGAGCAUUGAAUCUCUGAGCUGCUGGUUGGCAAUGUAAGAAGAAAUGAAUGUUUUCUGGUAUAUAUGAAGGGAAGUUUUCAUGCACUACGGUAGUAGAGGCACAGAAAAAGAAAUACAAACUGUAUAUUCAGGUAGAUAUAAAUCCUCAGGAUCGUGACAGCCAUCAUCCAACUCAGAUUGCUCCAAGUAAGAUCAGUCUGAUCCACUGAGUAACUAAAAGUGCUCUUCUGCCUUAAACUGCUGUGAAUCCUGAAAGGGCAGGACCUGCCGUCGCUCCCUAUGUAGGUGACAGAGGAAGGAGGGAGCUGAGCAUCCUGCCAGCGAGGUCCCCUGCCACGUGCAUCCAGAGGAUGUGACGCUGCUCCGUGGGGUGUGCUGCAGGCAGUAGACCUCUGGCUGCAGUGCCCAUCUGGGGGCUGGGUGUUGAGGAUGAGGAGACACAAACCCGUGUUUCUGCCUAACCAGAUGAACUACCUCAUUUAUUAAAUUUGGCUUUUAAUACUUUAGGGCUCUCUUUUAGGUAUCUGGAUGAUGUUUUUAGCAAAAUGCAAUGAAUAUCAGAGUGCCACUUUGACUAGGAUUUGGAAAAUAAUUUAUAAUCAUAGGACAGAGGAUCAAAAAGCCAUAACAAGUCACUUUUAUUAAGAAGGAUAAUUUUUUUUUUUUUGUAAUAAAUGACUCUACUAGUCUUGUUUUCUGGUGGCACUGAAAUGCAAUUACCUUGCAUGGAAAUGCUGCACCAAAUAAAAACAUAUAUUUUUUUUUACAAAUAA